UCUUCACCGUGACGUGUUUCCGGUUCCGAAAACUUCUGAGCCGGUGCGUGGUAAACUGGCAUUUUCAUUCACAGUCAUUCGAUCGGCAAUUGCAGCGACCAGUCACUACUGCGACUGGUAUUUAAUUCUGUUAUUACUUUUAAAUAGCCAGUCGGGACUGGCCUUUGUGCUUUCGUGUGUGUUAUGUGACAAUAUAUAGAUGUGUCUUUUUAAAAAGUUUAAUAACUAAGUGAAAAAAUCGGCCCCUUUUUUAUUGGAUUUUAUACUUUGGAUUAUCACAUGAAGUGCUUAGGACUUUGAAAUGCUUAAGAAGUGGAAAUGGUUGUGUUAGAAGACAGAAAGUUAGGUUUUAAUUUAUUUGUAAAGGAUUUUAAGAAAAGUUAGUCUAAAUUUCAUGGUCCGUGUUGCAGAGUUCUGCAGGCUAUGAGCCGGUGGUGAAUCAUAGCACCCCGGAACUGCUGGGGCCAUGCCUCGUCCUAAGAAAACUGCUCGCCAAGUGACUCGCUCCGAAAGUAGUUCAAUGCUGGACUUGCGGCAAAAUCCAAGUGGAAUUAUCCAGGACACUGCCGAAAAUUAUGAAGAAGUGUCUCUCAUAGGGACUGGUGCCUAUGGAACUGUGUACAAGGCAAGAGACCUGGCCAAUGAAGGACAAUUCGUGGCCCUUAAAAAAAUUCGGGUACCACUCACUGAGGAAGGAGUGCCGUUAGGCACACUCAGGGAAAUUGCUCUACUCAAGCAUCUUGAAUCUUUCGAGCAUCCGAAUGUUGUGAGGUUGCUGGAUAUCUGCCAUGGUCCUCGACUGGCCGAAGAGCAACAACUCAUUCUGUACCUCGUAUUUGAGCAUGUGGAUCAAGACUUGGCUACUUACCUUGAGAAGUGCCCGAGACCUGGUCUGCCACAAGAGAAAAUUAGGGAAAUAUUUUACCAGAUCCUCAGCAGCAUCGACUUUCUACAUUGCAAUCGUAUUGUACAUAGAGAUUUAAAGCCUCAAAACAUACUCAUCACGAAUACUGGACUUGUAAAAGUAGCUGAUUUUGGAUUAGCCAGGAUAUUUGAAAACCAAGUACCGGUGACGUCUGUGGUGGUGACGCUAUGGUACCGGUCUCCAGAAGUUCUUCUUCAGUCCAGUUAUGCCACUGCGGUGGAUCUGUGGAGUAGUGGUUGUAUAUUUGCAGAGCUUUAUAGGAGAAAACCUUUAUUUCGAGGUCAGUCUGAAGUUGAUCAGUUAAGAAAGAUUUUUGAAAUAAUGGGCUCUCCAGAGGAAUCCCAGUGGCCGGAAGUGUCCAUGCCCUGGGCUUCAUUUAAAAACUACAAAAAGCAACCCUUAGAGGCAUUUGUUCCAGAAAUCACUGCGGAAGGGCUGGACCUUCUACAAAAACUGCUCGUUUUUGAUCCUCUCCAACGAAUCAGUGCCAAGGAUGCAAUGGACCAUAAUUACUUCAAAGAUUUCGAACUGCAGAAACCUCUGUAUAAAGCCAAAAAACGGAAGUCCUCCCGAAUAUCCCUGGGUGCAGAACCGGGCACUAGUGCGAUUGUACCCAAGAAAUGACGAGAGCGCUUCUUUAGGUACAAAUUCUGACUCUCGAAAAGCUUAACUUCUUGAAAUAGCUUGCUUUGGUGCUGAGGGAACCCACUGACCAGCAACAAACAUCGUGCUGAUCAGAAAUCAGGAGAUACUCCAUUGGCGAACAUUCCGUUUUUCGUUUAGAGAAAUUUAAAGUGGUGUGCAUAAAUUAAGGUUGAAAUCUAGUCUAGUGUGCCUCUUCACAAUGCCAAACCGCCAAAGUCGGAAGGAUAAGCUGAUUAACAAGGAAAAUAAUACUGCAAAGCAGUUACAGUUAUGAACUUUACUGAUAAGAAUUGUUUUAUUUAAACUCGCACGCUGAAAUUAAGGUUUCAAAAAUUAUAAAAACAAAGGAAAAAAAAGAGGGGGGGGGGGUUAUAAAAAAGAAAUUUUAAUAUUAAAUUUCAUUUGGAUAGGGAAUGAUUUAGAAAUCGAAUUUUCCAAUGAAAUAGUAUUGAUCAUCCAAAUCAUCAGAACAAUCAUUAACAAAGCAAAUUAUCAAAGCAAUCAUUGCAAAUUAUUAAGAAGUGUAAAAAUUUCCGUUAGAAUGACAAGACUAUACUUAAGUUAAAAUUUGUGAAAUAAGGGCAAAUGACUUCAAAAUGCUGGUGAGCAUGUUUAAUUUAUUAUUUUCGAUUCUGACAAAAUUUGUGAAUAGAUUCGUUUAAUCAAAAUAAAUUAAUUCAAUGAAAAUUGCAAAAGGUUAAAAAUGGCCGUUCAUAGUUCAUUUUAUUUUAUUUUUUAAACUGGAAUGCUUCAUUAGUAUUAAAAAUACUUUUUAAUUAUAAUGCACAAUUUAAUUAAGUUCAUUAAUCAAUGUAUAUUUGUCGAUUAUGUUUAAUUUUCAAUUCUCACCAAAUUAAAUUGCAUCAGGAAAGAACUACUUUGCUUGCUUGUUUCAGUUAUCAUAUUGGCGAUUAACUCAAGGGGUACCCCAAACUAGAUUCCAACCUAGAUUAGAUUGUUUGCACUUUUCAGGAAUUUUAUUUAAUGUAACUGUUGAUGACUAUGUUGAAUGUGUUUCUUUUAAUUGUGUAAACAUAUAGAUGCGUUGUAAUUGUAAUAAGGUUAUGUUUACUUCUCACUUUGAGUGCUUAUUUAGUGAAAUACUGAUCUCUUGUUUGGGGACCAAUUUUUUUUCGUAUAUAGAAGUAUUUUUUAAUAAUAUACCUUAAAUAUCUUGAAAAAACAAACAAAAAAAAACAAUUAAGUUUUAAAAUCUCAGUGUUUUUUAAAUGUUUGUGUCUUUGUUUUUUAAUGAAAAAUAUUUCCAUAUAUCUAUUGGAUUUUAUGAAGGAAAAAAUAUUGUUAUUUUUAAAUUUGAAGCCUUUUUUUUAUCUAUUGUGUUGAUAUAUCUUUAAAUAUUUUAAUAGUUUUUAUUCAUAUGUUGUAAUGCACAAUGGAUAAAUACUGAUGUUAUUUCUAAAAAAAUACGUGUGUUCAUUUGAAUGAAAAUGGUGUUGAAUAUAAUAAGUUACACAAUGAUUAAUACAUUUAUAUACUAUGCAAACUUGCCAAGAAUGAUAAAGAAAUGUGCCAGCAUAUAUCCAAAAAUACAUUUUGUAGUAAUUUUACAGUUCUCUCGGAAUUAAUAUAGGAAGCUUCUUAUUUUUUUUUCCUUAACAUGAUAAAGAGUAAAAUUAAUAUAGGUCCUCAUUGGUGAUAUUUUGAUGACUUUUUUCUUUUGUCUCUUAGCCAAACAUCUUAUUGUUAAUCGAAGCGAAUUCCAGGUUACGAGAUGCGAGAGAAAUGAAAAAAGUCAUCAAUACAAAAUAUCGCCAAUGGGACUCUAUAUUGAAGCUUUAAUAAAGAUGAGUUUUAUUUGAACAAACUUAUCACUUUAAGUUCCUGAAAUAACAUUUACUCCUUUAAGUGCCUGAAACCUUUUUAUACUAACCCCCUGUGCUGUUUCCAAAUAGACAUAUUGAAGUAAUGCAAAAUCAUAUAUGAUUGUAAAUUAUUUUAUUUUUCUAAUAAAUUUUUAAAAUUACAAAAUUUUAGAUGAAAAAUUUUAAUUAUAAUUUUAAUAUACUGAAAUAAAUUAAUAUUUUUUCAACAUCACUUAGCAUUUUCUCUACUUUUCAAUUAUUGUUUUUUUUUAAAGUUACUUUUCGUAAUUAAUGAGAUUUUAAAGAUACAUAAUAAUUACACUUUCCAGUAACACUUAUGAAAUAGGAUGCCUUUAAAGAGAUUUUUCAAAACUUGGUUUGAAAAUAUAUAGUAAUCUUUUUAAAGAAAAGACUGGACUCUUAUGGAGUCUAAAAAAAAUAAUGAAUGCUGUUUGAUUUUUAUGAAUAUAACUCCUCAAAAAGCAAAAAUCACUGCCAAUAACUCAGGGUGUAUACGCGGAAAUAAUAACGGACCUCAAAGUAGUUUUGCUGUGAACAUUAAUAUGUGUUAAACAUAAGGUUUAUUGUUAUUUGAUUAUCAAUACAUAUAGGAAUACUCACCUUCCUCAGUAUCAGUAAAAUAACAAAUAUUUGAAUAUUUUCAACCAUAAAACUGUCUCUAAUGCAUUUUUUUUCUCAAUUGCAUUUUAUUGCAAAUGCUAGAGUUCCAAACUGCAUUUAAACAUGUAUAGUUGAUACUUUUAUCAUAUUAUCUUCAGCUACAUUCUCUAUUCUAUUGAAACAGCUAUGUUGAUUGUACUCUUAUAGUAUCGAAACUAAGAAAUUAAAUUUGUUUAAUUUUGCUAAUAUCUAUUUGCAGUGUUUACUGUAAAAUUUUUAAAAAUAUGUCUGAUUAAUUAAAAAGACAAAACCAUUAGUUCUUUAACUAAAUAGUACUAAUAAUUAUUUUGCGAGUAUAGCAUUUGUUCUAAGUUAAUUGUACUGUCCUGUAUAGCAAGUGUAACUGGUGAUGGAAGCCUACGAAAUUAGCACCCUUGUGUGCUACUUUGUUUGUAGAGUGCAUCACUCAACAUGAUGGCUAGUGUAUAGAAUGUUGGAAAAUAAAUGGACCAAAGAAUGUAGUGUUAACUGAUUCUGAAUUGAUGGAAUAUGUUUAUAUAUUCACACAUAACUUAAUUUUUACGAUUUUCAUUUCUUUUUUUUGAAUUGCAAAUAUCUAGAUAAUGUAUGCAUUUGGCUUCUGUAAUUCUUCUUGUUUGCAAUUCUUAAAUAUAUUAGCAGAAAGGGAGAAAAGAUAUUUUGACUCGGACAUUUUGUAGAAAUUUAUGAACCAAACUUUUAUAUAUAUAUAUAUUUUUUUUUAUAUUUUCAUAUAUCAUCAAUUCCUACAUGAUUUUUAUAUACCCGUGUAAAAUAUAACACACAUGAGGUUGAAAAUAAAAGAUGAGUCAAGCCCGAACGAUAUCGUUCAUGCGAAAAUUUCAAGAACUUCUGUUAUUUGUAUUGAUUUGUAAUUAUCUUUUAUUUAAAUAUGCCAAGUCUCAUAAAUGUCAAAGUAGUGUUAAUACAUUCUUCAGCAUUUAAAAUAUCUGAAUAAAUAUAAAUGUGCACUCAAAAGUAUUUUAUUGAUUCUAACAUAUCAUUGUACUUGGAUACAUUAAGUAUUAUAAAUUAAGUUAUGUGGUGUGUUGAUUGUAAAGUAACUUUAGAUGUUUAUAUAAGAAAUGAAAGCAUUUGGUACUGACAAUCAUAUAAGCUUCUUUUUGCAGGCUUACAAAACUGGUGUAUAUUUUUGUAGUCAAUUAUAUCGAUUAUAUAUUUUUGUGAACAAAGUUUAUAGUUAGAUUAAAUUCAUUAUUACAAUA